AACGUCACUUCCGGUCUCUUUGCGUCCUCGCAGGUUUCCAACAUGUCGGACGCCGGUGUGUUGGAGACUCUACUCCGGAGGAUCGAGGCGGCGGACGGAGGUGUGGACAGCCUGGAAACAGCCUCUAUUCUCGGGGUGGAUCACCAGGUCCUCAUCGGAGCCGUGAAGAGUCUGCUGGCCCUCGAAGACUUGAUCUCAGCUGAGCUCCGCUCCUCGAAGCACUGGGAGCUGUCGGGGGAGGGGACGGAGAUCGCUGAGCAGGGCAGCCAUGAGGCGAGGGUCUUCGGCUCCAUCCCUCCGGAGGGUCUGCCCCAGAGCGAGCUCAUGAAACUGUCCUUUGGGAAGAUCGGCUUCAGCAAGGCCAUGUCCAACAAGUGGAUCAAAGUGGACAAGACUCACGAGGGCGGCCCGAGGAUAUUCAGGAGUGUGGAGAAUAUCGAGGACCAGGUGAGAGACAAACUGCUUCUGGUUCAGAAAGGAAACACCUCUCAGCUGGAGGAGAAGGAGAAGAACGAGCUGAAGAAGAGGAAGCUGCUCUCUGAAGUGACGGUGAAGUCGUACUGGAUCAGUAAAGGCAGCUGCUUCAGCACCACCAUCACCAAACCGGAGACGGAGCUGACUCCUGAGAUGAUCGCUAAUGGCAGCUGGAAGGAGAAGAAGUUCAAGCCGUAUAACUUCGAGGCCCUCGGCGUGGCCCCUGACUGCGGACACCUGCACCCCCUGAUGAAGGUCCGCACGCAGUUCAGACAGAUCUUCCUGGAGAUGGGGUGAGGGGCCGUCAAAAGCACAGAUACAGGGGGUCC